AUGCCAGGCUACUUUGACAACGCCCUUCCAACCGAGCAAUCACUGGAUCUCGGCUUUUCGGUUGUAUCGCAGAAGGUUGACUUGACCGUCAACUUUGCAAAACAGUCCAUCUCUGGCUCUACCGAAAUCACCAUCCAACCGGAAAUCAAGGAUCUUAAGACCAUCCGAUUGAACUGUCGCCAGGCUCGUAUUUCAAGCGCCAACAUCGAGGGCUCAAAAGUAGAAUUUGCCUAUUCCGACCCAUACCGAAAGAUCAAGCUUCCUGGGAGAACAACAGCCAACCAGCAUGAAUACCUCCGUAGCAAGAUCGAGGGCGCUAUCAAGCAAUCGCCGGACCCUGAACUAGCCCUGGAAAUUCCUUUGCGCGUCAAAAUCAAGGAGCUGAACAAUGAUGCCUCUUCGGCUCUGGCUAGGGAUAGCUUCAAAAGACAAGAGAGUGAUUAUCCUGGCCAGGCCGAGACUCCGACGACAUCACAUGGUCAAGAACCAUUGCUAAGAUAUGCCCCCUUGAGAGUCACGAUAGAGUUUGAGGUCACAAGUUUCCGGGAUGGUCUCCAUUUUGUUGGUUUCUCGGAUCAAGAUUCACGGUAUCCACAUCUUUACACCAGGAAUACACUGGGACCGGGCGCCGUCUGCUCUGUCUUCCCAUGCGUCGACGAUGCUACAACCCGCUGCAUGUGGGAAAUCUCAAUACGAUGCCACAAAACGCUAGGCGAUGCUUUCAAGAAGACACCGCAAAGGACUUCUGCCGAGGGGGAUGUGGAGAUGACUGGGACCGACCAGAAAGAAAAGAAGCCGCGGGACGAAUACCCGAUUAACCUCAGCGAAGAUGAAAAGUCCUUGGACUUGAGCAUUGUGUGCUCAGGUGAAAUGACAGACGAUAUUCUUGACCCUCAGGAUCCUACUUGGCGGACCGUCUCUUUUGCCUGCUUUACUCCGGUCGCUGCUCGUCACAUCGGCUUUGCCAUCGGUCCUUUUGAGCAUGUUGACCUUACUGAUUUUAGAGAAGUUGAUGAGGACGACAAGCUUGGCCAAAACGCUAUUAAAGUAGACGGCUUCUGCUUACCAGGCAGAGCGGAAGAACUACGGAACACUUGCAUGCCAAUGGCCAAGGCGAUCGAUUAUUUCGUCGUUGUUUACGGCUCUUUCCCAUUCUCCAGCUACAAGCUCAUCUUUGUUGAUGACUUAUUACAAGAUGUGGCGCACACAGCUUCCUUGUCAAUCUGUAGCACGAGACUACUGUUUCCGGACGACAUUAUCGAACCGCUGGAUCCAAACACUCGCGUACUCGUACACGCUCUUGCGAGUCAAUGGGUUGGCGUGAAUGUUAUUCCCAAAGAAGCUCGAGACAUGUGGGCCAUCACUGGUGUCUCUGGUUUCAUGCGAGACACAUUUAUGAGGAAGCUUGCUGGUAACAACGAGUACCGCUACCAACAAAAACUUGCCUCUGAACAAGUAUUCGAGCAAGAUGUGGAGCGAUACAGUAUCCAUCAACUUGGCGCUCAGCUCGACAUAGAUCCUUCAGAGUACGAUUUCAUGGCUCUCAAGUCCGCAGUGGUUCUAUUCAUCUUGGAUCGCCGACUCACCAAAGCGAGCGGAUCUUCGGGUGUUGGGCGAAUCAUCACCAGGUUAUUGCUCAACGCCAAGACCGGCGAGCUACAGAAUGGCGAACUUGCCACUGAUUGGUUCCAUCGUCUUUGUGAGAAGCUAGGUCAUACCAAGCUCGACGCAUUCUUCAAGCAGUGGGUAUAUGGCGCUGGUUGUCCACUGUUCAAAGUGAAUCAGCGCUUCAACAAGAAAAAACUGGUCGUGGAGAUGAACAUCUACCAAACGCAGCGCGAGCGUAAGAUCAAGCCUGACCUCCAGCCUUCGAAUUUCAUGAGAGAGGCGAAGGAGCAGGUCUCGGAAGUCUGGGCUCCAGAAGUUUCGGACCCUUUCACUGGACCUAUGACUAUUCGUAUCCACGAAGCUGAUGGCACACCAUAUGAGCAUAUCGUGGAAAUUAAGGACACGCAUACCAAGAUCGAGAUUCCUUACAACACAAAGUACAAGCGUCUAAAGCGAUCGAAGCGUGCGAAGGAGCGAGCCAUGGCUGCCAACGGCAUUGAUCUUGGUGGGGAAGCUGAAAACGAUGUACUGCUUUACUGUCUUGGUGACGUUCUCCAAUCAGAAGACGAAGUCAAAGAUUGGCGCCUGGUUGAUUGGGGCAAAGAAGAGGAAGAUCGAAUGGGCCAAGAAAGUUAUGAGUGGAUCCGUAUGGACGCCGACUUCGAGUGGAUUGGCAAGAUCGAUUUGAUCAUGCCCAUCUACAUGUACGUCAGUCAGUUGCAACAAGACAGAGAUGUCGUGGCACAAUACGAAUCACUACAGCACGUUCUGAAGCAGAACGCACAUCCUUUGAUGUCUACCAUUCUCGUCAGAACACUAAUGGAUCGUCGAUACUUCCAUGGUAUUCGUACGCUAGCGGCUGAGGGUCUUACCAAGUGUGCUACACCAAGCUUGAACUGGGUAGGCCAGUAUCAUCUCGAGAAAGCCUUCCAGGAGUUCUUCUGCUUCGCCGAUUCAACCAUGCCUCGUGCUAAUGAUUUCUCGGACCGCAUGGGCUAUCUGAUCCAGAAAGCAAUUCCAGUCGCGUUAUCUCAUAUCAAAGAUGAACGUGGCAAGGUACCAAUGAGUGUGAGGAGAUUCUUCGUUGACAAGCUCAAGUUCAACGAUAACUCCAACAACGAGUUCUCUGAUUGCUACUAUGUUUCCACGCUUAUGCGAUGUCUCGCCGAGUCCUUGAUAGCCUCUGCAGUGCCACAACAGACCUUUGCCAUCAACCCCGAUGACGAAGAUGACUUGAUGCAAGAGAAUCUUGAGGAUGAAAAAUUCCAGAAAGAAGCCAUCAACGAAUUGGAACGCUAUCGCCGCAUUGACGAAUGGAUUUCUUCUUAUCGAAACAUUUAUUCCGUCACAGCCCUCGAAUGCAUGCGAAAAUUGCUCGAACAUGGCGUAGUGAAGAACAAGAAAGUCGAAAUUCUGCAGUACACACAAUCUGGCAAUGCCGACGAGGUCCGCCUAGCAGCAUGGGAUUCUCUUGUGCAACUCAAGCUUGCAAGACGACCACAGAUCCUCAAAUAUCUGCUGUAUUCGUUAUGCGAUGAUCCCUCGCCCUACUUCAGAGACCAGCUACUACGAGUACUGGGCCAAGCUCUAGGAACGAUCGCUUUGAAAAAAGAAGAAGCCGAGAAACCGGCUCCAAAGCCCAUCGAAACUGGAGGUCUUGUUCUCGAACAGGAAGAACCCUUGGCUGUCCAACCAUUGCCAGAGGACCUUGCUGGAAAAAGUCCACCUGAAAUCGCUUUGGCCGUCCUUAAGGCUGCUCUUAUAGAUGACGAGACUUUCAAGGCAGCGUUAUGGCAUGUUAUACAAUCGCCGACGCUGGCCAUACCUGAAGUGGUAUCGUUCCUGGAUAUUGCAGCCCUGAUCUAUGAUGCAUCGAAUGGUCUCAUUGUGCGCCUCCGCCUGCCUCGCUUCUACACUGCCAAGCACCUCGGCAAAGGUAAAGUGCAAUUUAAGGAGAAGGAAAGAUACCGUACGGCACCAACUACAGGUCUUGGUCUUGAUGAAUUUGAGUUGGUGCAGCAGCAUAAUCUCAAGUAUAACGGGCCACUAUCAAAGGCCGCUAAGGAUCAUAUUAAAACUCAAAAGCAGGAGAAACAAAGACUGGAAAGCGAACUGGCAGCAGCACAGGAGUUGCUCCAGAGACAGUUAAACGCGCAGCAUCAGAUCCUACCUCCGCCAGCGCCAAAGCCUGUAAAUGUGCCCACCACGGCCAUGUCUCCUCCGCCACUGCCUGUAUCUACUCCAGGUGGCUCUAUGAAAAUCACCCUUAAACGCAAGCAGAGCUCAACGGCUGAGCCACGUGCGAGUAGUCCUAAGCGCCCUCAUCUUGUUCAACCUGCGACAAAUGGUACAGGUGGAACAAUAAAGGUGGAAAAGAGCCCGAGUCUCAAUCUGGGAAAGGUACAUGCGCAAACACCAUCGCGUACGGUGUCUGGUGCAUCUGCCCCUGGAUCCUCUGCACCAUCGCGAAAGCCCACAGCAGGUGAUAAGCCGGGCAAGUCUAAGAUCGUUCGCCUGAAGAUUACAAAGCAGAAACGCCUGCAGAAGAUUCUUUCACAAGCACCUCAGCCCGGCUACAGACCGCAAAAACAGAAAGCUGCUAUCCCUGCCAAGAUCAACACAUCUACUUCAGCACGGCCCAGCCCUGCAUCAUCAGCUCCCGGUGGUUCGCAUAGCGGCAGCAACGGGGAUUUCUUCGCCAGCCCUGAAGUCACCUCUGCACUCUCCACUGGCGCAAGUGUCGGUGCGUUCAGAAGCUGGAAUGGCAUAAGUGCGGUCAAACAGGAGACAGAUUCGGCACCAUUGAGCGCAAUAAGUCCCAUGACAACAAUUCCUCCAGGAACCAGCAAUGGUACUGCUACUGCUACUACUACUGGCACAAUGAGUCCACGUCCCUCAGAAGGUGGCGAGGAAAAGAAGCCAAAGUUCAAGCUCAAGUUCGCCAAAAAGCCGCCCGCCCCCUAG